AUGCCCAACGCUGAAUUUUCCAACACUGCCAUGGGCGAUGCUGCAGAGCGGCUUAUGAAAAUUGUACAGAAGGCGGCAAAGUUGAGGGAUGGUCAUCCCGAUCACCUGAAAUUGGCUGUGGAAAUUGGAGAUCUGAUGUCCCCGGUAUUCAAGACCCAUGGUAUGUCGGUGACAACCAUCCCGCCGAUCCUGCUUUUAGCAGCCAUGGAGAUGCUGGAGCACCUGGAUGCAGUGCAGCAAUCUUUUGCCAGUGCGCCUGUAUGGGCUAGGAUCCGAACUGAUGAUCCCCAAAUCCAGCAACAUCCAUUGAAGGAGAAGGCCCACAGCAUUACCGUUGCCAAGCCUACCACGGCGGCGAACACAUCCGCUGCCAUUUCCGGCGCACCAGUGCCGGCCAAGGUGAAGCCUAAGCCUAAGCCAAAGCCAAUGCCAAAGACAAAAGUGGUGCAUGAGUCGAAGGAGUCGAAGGGAAAUGACCCAGGCCCUACCCGAGGGAAUUCACCACCGGCAUAUACCUCCUCUCAGAAAGGUAAAGGGAAGGCAGUAGUUCCUCCAGGGAAUGAGGAAGAAGCUGUUGAGGUCAAUCGAGGUCGGCUAACUCAAGUUCAGAAGAGAAGGAAAGGGUCAAAUACCAGUUUGCCGCCAAUUCCAGGCGGCGCACCGCAACACCAUCCUGCCGACUCGACUGCAAUGCAGACCAAGACAUCAAAACGGCCCAAAGUCACUCGAGAGUCAGUGUCGCCGAAGCACAAUGCGCUGAAGGAAGAUAUCACAAUGGACACUGAUUGUCCUGAGCUGGUUCCACCAUGCACUUCAUUUGUUGUGAAGGAUAUGGCACCACAGGCGCCAAACUUCGAGCUUGUGGCCGUUGCUCCCAACAAAAACUUAAAUGUUCUCAUGCCAAAGCCAACCUCAAUGGCAGAAGAUAUGCUGGUGUCUGAUGAUGACACCGCCGCCGCUACUGCCACCACAUUGCCGUCGCCGGCCACCUCUGUGCCGCCAAUCACAACCCUGUCCCCAGAGGGUGAGGCACCACCACCUCUUUCACAAUUGGUGUCCUCGAUACAGCAUCCUCAGAUGGACAUGGACAAUUCUCACGAUGGGCUCACGAAAGUGUUGGAGGGGAUGACAUUGGAGGUGAUGCAAGACUUGGCAAAUUUGAGUGCCAGGAAUGUGACUCUUCAGGAGAUUGCCGACACCCUCCGGACUAACAUUGCUCAGCUUACGGCCGAGAAUACCGCCGCCACAGAGCAGUUGAAUGCACUGCAAGACAGGAUCACCGCUCAGGAUGCCGCCCUCCUUGAAUUGCAAGGCCUUCGGGCAGAGGUAACGGAGUUACACAGUCAAGUCAAGACAUUGCAAGAAGAAUCAGCCACCAGAGAUCAGCACCUUCAACGUGCUCAACACCAAUUGGGGCAACAAGAACGUACCACCGCUGUCCUUCAGGAUGCCUACAACGCCAUCUGUCAAUGUCUUACUGGUCCACCGAAUUCAUCAUCCCCUUUCACCAACUCCUUGUAUCUUGCCAACCCGAUGUAUGGCAGCAGUCAAAGCAUGGUGCCUGUCAGCAUGGGUCAGAUGCAGGCCAUGGAAGGCUUGUAUUUCAACCUGCCAUCAUCGGUUGGCAACAUCUCCAGUGGCUCCAUGUUGGGUGGUCCAUCUGCCGGCCCAUCUGUUAGCACCAUCGCCAGCAGCACUCGCACCCACGGCGACACCAAGGGUGGGGCGCCGUCAGGUGUGGGCAAUGAACCUGGCAAUAGAUAG